UGGGUUUUUUUUUUUUUUUGUUUUUUUUGUUGUUUUUUUUUUUUUGCCUAAGAGAAUUUGACUUGAUAGUGAAAGUUGACUUAAUAGUUAUGGCUUCUCCCCCACAGCCAGUUUUAGUUGAUCAACAAACAGGGGCUGACAGUUGCCAUGUAAUGGGGUUACCAAUUUCACAAAAUACCCUGGAUCUAUGAGGUUGUAUGUAGGAAGUUUGUUCAUGCUAGAGAAAACUUCCACCCCCUCUAGCCCCCAACUUGACAACUUGAGAUAAAGGUGACUGGCUCCAACCCUACUCUUUUCUAGACUUCUCAUCAAAACAAACACUUGCAAGUGUGAACGUUUUGCCUCAAUGCCUGAACACCAUGUAUGUGCAGUGUCCAUGGAAAUGAGAAGAGAUUGUACGAUCACCUGAAGUGGAGUCACAGAUGCCUGUGGGCGGCCCUGCAGGUGCUGGGAAUGGAACUCAUAUCCUCUGGAAGCCUAGCCAGUGCUCUUAAUCAUUAAGUCAUCUCUUCAGUCCUACAAUUCAUUUUUAACUUUCUUGUAUUGGAAAGGGGUGUUGUAUAAAAGACAUUUCCCUCCUAAACCCUAACUAUUUCAUCCAAAGAAAUGUUUUCAUAAUGUAGUUCAGAAGUUGAUGUCAACUGACAGACCAGGAGGAGCCAGGGUAAAAGCUACAAUGACAAUUUGGAAGCUAGAAAACUCAUUAGUCUUGCUUUUGUUACUCACUGAAUGACCUUUGCAGGUAAAUAACCUAACUUCUGUGCAUGUAUUUUAUUUUCAGACCUAUAAAAACUAUUUUAAUUUCAGGUGUACUAAGCUGUAAAUACAGUUGAAAGAAAGAAACGGAAGGAAGGAAGGAAGGAAGAAAGAGAGAGAAAACCCGAUUCAAGUCACUACCAGUGACUAAUUUUUGUUUUUGAGAUCGGAUCUCACUAUGUAGCCCUAGAUAGCCUGGAGCUCCCUAUUUAGAACAGGCUGGUCUCGAACUCAUUGAGACCCUCCUGCCUCAGUUUCCAGAGCUCUGAAAUAAGAGACCAGGGACCAAUUUGAGAGUGUGCUAAGGAAAAAUAAAAGUCUAGAGACUGAGGACUAUGACAGCAAAGGGGAUUUGAGAGGUGGCAUCCCGGGGUUGGGGAUUUAGCUCAGUGGUAGAGCGCUUGCCUAGCAAGCUCAAGUCCCUGGGUUCGGUCCCCAGCUCCGAAAAAAAAAAAAAAAAAAAAAAAAAAGAAAGAAAGAAAGAAAGAAAAGAGAGGUGGCAUCCCUGCCAGCCUUAGCCCUUCUGACUGACAUAAAAGAACUUCGCAAGGACCACAGGGCAGCUGUUUCACUGGAAAGCCAAUAUUUGUUUUGGAUGAGUUCUUUUCCUUCUAAUACAAAAUCCCAUUUCUCCAAACUUUGCUUCCCCGCCCAGUCUGCAAACAAGGAGUCAGGUUUCUCUCUCCGCUGAAGGGGCCACCCAGAGCACAGCUAGACCUGAGGCCCAGCUCGGGGGCUUAAUCCCGGCUCGCUCUGUCCUAUUGACACAUCGGCUCGCCCAGGGCGUGGCUUCCGGUAGAGAAGGCAGGCUUUCCGGUAGGUCCUUUGCUUUCCGGGGUGGGACUUCCUGCUCUAAAGGAGUCUGACUGCCAAAGUGAUUGGAGUGCGGGUCACGAGGGCCCAUGGGCUCCGGAGGUCCUAUGUUUUUGGAAAGGGGGCCAGAGAAGACGUCCUUUAUAGCUGUUGCUUACUUUUUACAUUGCACGACGCCUCCAUUUGCACGAAAGCUCUGGGUUUUUGUCGACACCGCCCACCUGAGGCUCUUCCGCUUCCCCUUUUCCCAGGCUCCGCCCCCCAGCGUCCCGUGGCUAUGACGACCGCCCCGCGGGACUCAGUAGUGUGGAAGCUCGCGGGACUUUUGCGGGAGUCGGGUGAGUGAGUGGACUUCUGGCUAAUCUGGUUGGGAGUCCUGAGUGUGGUCGAUACUGUCCAGAAACGCCGGGAGUCACUGAGUCACUGCCGGCGAGGUCACGAGGUUCCAGAGUCUUCUGGGUGUGUUCCUUGUGCUGCGUUGUUUCCAGUCACGUCUUUGACAGUCUAAACUCGAUCCAUCCCUCAUACCAUUUAACCCUUCAGAGGGAAGGGACCAUUAAUAGAUUAAACGCUUGGAGACAACAUAAUCACUUGUACAGAAAGCCAAGUAUAGUACCUUAAACACCUGAGAUUUUGGAGUGAGACCCACGCAGGGGAUGCAGUUCUCUCUGGCUGUAGCACACUGAGCCUGCUAACAGCCACACUGCAGCAGCUGAACAGAGUGUUUGAACUGUACCUAGGGCCAUGGGGCCCCGGCCAGACAGGCUUUGUGGCUCUUCCCUCCCACCCUGCAGACUCACCAGUCAUCCUCCAGCUUCAGUUCCUUUUCGAUGUGCUGCAGAAAACACUGUCACUCAAGCUGGUCCACACCCCUGGUGUUGGCCUUCCAGGGCCUAUCAAGAUUUUCCCCUUCAAGUCCCUUCGACAGCUGGAGCUUCGAGGAGUCCCUAUCCACAGCCUGUGUGGCCUCCGUGGCAUCUACUCACAGCUAGAGACCCUGGUUUGUAACAGAAGCAUCCAGGCACUAGAGGAGCUCUUGUCGGCCUGCGGUGGGGACCUCUGCUCUGCCCUCCCCUGGCUAGCCUUGCUCUCUGCCGACUUCAGCUACAAUGCACUUAGCAACUUAGACAGCUCCCUGCGACUCCUGUCCGCUCUGCGCUUCCUCAACCUGAGCCACAACCAUAUCCAGGACUGCAAAGGCUUCCUGAUGGACUUAUCUGAGCUGUACCAUUUGGACAUCUCCUAUAACCACCUGCGCUUGGUGCCAAGAAUGGGACCGUCAGGGGCUGCUCUGGGGACUCUGAUCCUGAGGGCCAAUGAGCUUCGGAGCCUUCAGGGGAACACAACACCACACCCCCUCACCCACAACAUGCCUCCACAAGGCCUUCUCUCCUCUGCCGUAGGCCUGGAGCAGCUGAAGAACCUGCGGCAUCUCGAUGUGGCCUAUAACCUUCUAGAAGGACACACAGAGCUGGCACCACUAUGGCUGCUGGCUGAGCUCCGUAAGCUCUAUCUGGAAGGUAACCCUUUGUGGUUCCACCCUGCGCACCGGGCAACCACCGCUCAGUACUUGUCACCUCGGGCCAGAGAUGCUGCUCAUGGCUUCCUUCUUGAUGGCAAGGUUUUGUCCCUGAAGGAUCUUCAGCAGACUUCAGAAUCUUCACGGCUUGGUCCCAUGACCCAACCUUUGUCCUGGCCAGUGGGGAGUACCACUGAAACCUCAGGUGGCCCUGAGCUGAGUGAUAGCCUCUCCUCAGGGGGCAUUGUGGCCCAGGCUCCACUUCGUAAGGUUAAGAGCCGAGUCCGUGUGAGGCGGGCUAGCAUCUCUGAGCCCAGUGACACAGACCCAGAGCUUCGAACUCUGGACCCCUCCCCGGCUGGGUGGUUUGUGCAGCAACACCGGGAACUUGAGCUGCUGGCCAGCUUCCGGGAGCGGUUUGGCUGUGACUGGCUGCAGUAUAGGAGCCACCUGGAGACCAUGGGGAGCCCCCCUCUUGCCACCAUCAAGACUCCUGCCCUUGGAACCCCUCCUCUGGAUGCCCAGAGCCUGGAGACUGCACGCAGCCCUCCAGCGAUAGGGGAAGACACUAAGGAAUCGCCAGAGAAGGUGUCAGAGGAAGGCAGGGAGGAGCUCGAGCCCCACGAAGAAGAGAGGGAAGAGCAGGAGAGAGAAGAGGGAUCGAGAGAGGACCUGGGGGAGGAAGAGGAGCAGGAGCAGAAGGCAGUGGAAGCAGAGCUCUGUCGCCCCAUGUUGGUGUGUCCCUUGCAGGGAACUGAGGGCGUGCAAGGAAGGGAGUGCUUUCUCCGGGUCACUUCUGCCCACUUGUUUGAAGUGGGACUCCAAGCAGCCCAGACUCUGGAGCGGCUGGAGCUACAGAGCCUGGUGUCAGCUGAGCUACAGUCAGAGACUGAAAGCCAGAGAGAACCAGGGUCUGAGGGCUCAGGCCCACCCUCUGGGGCUCCAGUUCUUGUUCUGCGCUUUUCCUACAUUUGUCCCGACCGGCAGUUGCGUUGCUAUGCUGUGCUGGAGCCAGAGGCCCAUGAAGCCAUCCAGGAGCUACUUGCUGUACUGACCCCAUUCACCAGCGUGAAAGACCAGCAGCCUGGGGAGGCCAAGGACCCACAGGGGCCCAGAUUCCAGUGCCUGCGCUGUAGCUGUGAGUUCAAGCCUCAGGAGCCCAGGUUGGGACUGGAGAGUGACGACGGCUGGAAGCCUCUGUUUCAAAAUACAGAAUCUCCUGUUGUGUGUCCAAACUGUGGGAGUGACCAUGUGGUUCUCCUAGCUGUGUCUGGGGAAGUCCCUAAUAGAGAGCGGAACCAGGAAGAACAAUCAUCAGAUUCUGCCUGUGACCUUGCUGACCACAGUGGCUGUCCCAGUGUGCCUGACGGCAUCCCACCUCAGGCAUCCAUAUCCCAUGGCUGCAGCAGCUGGAACCUCAGCCCGACCCUUGGACACACAGGUUUUCGAUCUGUGGACCACCGACUCCGGCUCUUCCUGGAUGUUGAGGUGUUCAGUGACUCCGAGGAGGAGUUCCAGUGCUGCACCAAGGUGCCGGUGGUGUUAGCAGGCCACACGAGGGAGUCUCUGUGCCUUGUGGUUGUGUCUGACCGUAUGCUUUACCUGUUGAAGGUGACAGGGCCCAUCUGCGGGCCUCCUGCUAGCUGGCUUGAGCCCACCCUGGCCAUUCCUCUGCAGGAUCUGAGUGGCAUGGAGCUUGGCCUUGCAGGCCAGAGCCUUCGUUUAGAGUGGGCAGCUGGGACUGGCCACUGUGUGCUGCUGCCCCGAGAUGCCAGGCAGUGCCGUGCCUUCCUUGAGGAGCUCACUGGGGUUUUGCAGUCUCUGCCUCGUACCCAGAGGAACUGCAUCAGUGCUACAGAGGAGACGGUGACCCCGCAGCAUCGGCUCUGGCCAUUGCUGGGGAAAGAUACUUCCGCAGAGACGCCCCAGUUUUUCUACCUUCGCGCCUUCCUGGCUGAAGGCUCCUCUACCUGUCCUGUGUCCCUGUUGCUGACGUUGUCCACCUUGUACCUAUUAGAUGAAGACCCUGUAAGGUCCCAUGCAGAAUCUCCCCUCCCAGUGGGGUCUGGUGAAGCCUCUGAGCAGCCUGCUCCCCAGGGGCCAGGUCCUUCUUUGCAGGUCAGGGAGCAGCAACCACUCAGCAGUCUGAGCUCUGUGCAGCUGUAUCGCACAAGCCCCUUGGACCUGCGGCUGAUCUUCUACGAUGAGGUGUCUCGGCUGGAGAGUUUCUGGGCACUCCGUGUUGUGUGUGGGGAGCAGCUGACAGACCUGCUGGCCUGGAUUCGGGAGCCCUGGGAAGAGUUGUUUUCCAUUGGACUCCGGACAGUAACCCAGGAGGCUCUGGACCUCGACCGAUAAGGUGUCUUCACUGAUUUCACUGACUCGCUCUAGAGUGGCACUGCCAAAGCCCUUUCUCCUGGUGUCUGGGUCUGGCUGCUUGCUGGCUGCUAUUGGCCACUGGCUUGUGAGGCUCGAAGUGACUCACAGCUUAAGAGAAGGACAAGAGAACCCAUCUGGCCCUUGGGUGAUCUGACCAGUAGAGCAGGCUAGGUGGUCAGUGGAAAUGUUUUUCCAGCACUUUCUCUCAGGUAUCUAUAAAGCUGUUCCCAUGCUGGGUGUCCUGGGUGGUACAUAGAAAUGUCUCUCAUAAAGCCUGCCUGCCCCCUUAUUUAUCUCUUCCUGGAAGCAACCUUGUUUGCACUGAGACCCUUCUCCAGUCCUGCUCUAGCAAAGUAGGAUUACUGACACAGAUGUACCCAAGCAGGUUGUGACCUAUCCUGUGGCCUUGCAUGGGAUCACUGCCAAUCAAAUAGUUGGGCCCAUUCAGAUUUUUCAUUCUUUUUUUUGAGACAGGGUCUCACCAUGUAACAUUGGCUGGUCUAGAACUGGCUAUGUAGACCAGGCUGGCUUUGGAUUCAUGGAGACCUGACUGCCUCUAAGUGCUGAGAUGAAUGGCUGAGCCACCAACUGUGAAAAAAUUGUGAACUUCCCCUCUUCCUAAAAGUUUACAUUUUAAAUAAAGACCUACAAUAAAAA